UUUUCGUCAUGCUUCAGUUGGUAUUGGAAUUGGAAAGUUUUAGGUUAUGUUAUGUAAAUCAAAAUGAUAUCAAUUUAAUACAAAAAUAUUAAAGAAAUUGAACAUGUUUAGGAGUAUUUUAAGUAGUGGAAGAUAUUUUAAUAGAUCCAAGUCCUUUUUGAAUCAAGGUUUAUGUGAAAAAUGUAAAUACUUCCAGAGAAACACCUUUCGAAACUAUUACGAUUUUGCUGAUAAAUUAAGACAAGCCCGAAAAAAGGGCCUCAGAACAACAUUAUAUUAUGUUACUGCGGUUGGUAUAGUUACAGCAGGUCUGAGUUAUGCCGCCGUGCCUCUAUACAGGAUGUUUUGUCAAGCAUACAGUUAUGGCGGUACAGUCGUAGAGGGACACGAUGGUAGUAAAGUAGAAAGCAUGGUGCCCAACAAGAGUAGACCUAUUAAAGUUCAAUUUAACGCUGACAGAGCCUCAAAUAUGAGGUGGAAUUUUAAACCACAACAGACAGAGAUAACAGUGUAUCCAGGUGAAACAGCCUUAGCAUUUUACACUGCCAAGAAUCCUAGUAAUGAACCUGUUGUUGGAAUCAGUACUUAUAAUGUAGUUCCAUUUGAAGCAGGACAGUAUUUUAAUAAGAUACAAUGUUUUUGUUUCGAAGAACAAAUGUUAAAUCCUAACGAACAAGUUGACAUGCCAGUAUUCUUUUAUAUUGAUCCAGAGUUUACAGAAAAUCCAUUUUUAGAAAACUGUGACCUGAUCACGUUGUCUUAUACAUUUUUUGAAGCCAAAGAAGGCAUGAAACUUCCAUUUCCUCAAUUUGCCAAGAGGUAGUUGUACAGUUUUUGUGAGAUAAGUUAUUUUUAUAUUAAAAUAGAUAAUAUUGUUAGUUAAUUGAAUAUUUCAUUUAAUGUAUAAUGAAACAGCUAAUGUCUAUUGUUAUGUUCAUUUAUUUUGUUUGAAUACAAAUAUUUUAUGAAUUUAGUUACGAGAUUAUACAAAUUAUAACAGAAAAUUUGACAUA